AUGAGUGGCUAUGGCUUUGUCAGAAAGUUAGGAGAGGGAGAAUAGGGAUAAGUUGUUGAGGUUAUAAAUUACAGGGAUUAGAAGAAUUAUGCAGCUAAAUAGAUUUCAUUAAAUUUAUUUUCGGAAAAGCUAUUUUAAAGAUUAUAACAACUAAACCACCCAAAUAUUGUUAAGGUGUUCCAAUAUGAAAUCAAUAGCAACACUGCUUAUUAUUUAAUGGAAUUAUUGCAUGAAUAAUCGCUUUAUAAGUAUAUUCGAAAUCAUCAAUUGGAAAUGGAAGCCAUCUCAUUUUAUUCUGCAUAAGUCCUAUUGGCUUUGGAUUACCUCCACAAGAAUGAUAUCAUUUAUAGAGACUUGAAGUCUGAAAACCUGUUGCUCAUGAAGAAUGGCUAUCUGAAAUUGGUGGAUUUCGAUUUGAGUAAAUUGGUUAAGCAAUCUUAAAAGACCACUACGCUAUGUGGAAGUCCAGGGUUUAUAGCUCCAGAGGCGAUAAAGGGUUAAGGCUACAAUCAUAGUGUGGAUUAUUGGAGUUUCGGAGUGUUAUUGUAUGAGUUCUCAACUGGUGAAUUGCCUUUUAAGGGCAAGACUCCCUACGAAGUGUACUAGGCUAUUUUGAAUGAGAAACUGGAGUUCCCAUUCAGCAUUGACAAGUCUGUGCAAACAUUAAUUAAAUAAUUAUUGACUAAAAAUCCUUAGAACAGAAUGAAAAAGGUGAAGAACUUUGAACAAAUUUUGGCGAAUUCAGAUGUGUAUUCUUUGUUAGACUCAAAUGAUUUAUAUAAUUAAAAACUAUUAGCUCCAUAUUAUCCCUGA